CGAACGGUACGCGGUUCAAAGGAGCACUUACUUUACUACCUUUUGGCCUCAUGAGUGCACUCACGUAACGUAGAACUACGAGAAAAUCUCAAUGACCUCAACUCAGCUCAAAAGGUUCAACACAUCUGAUUUCUCCCAGUGUUUUGGGCAAGAGUGUGGCUGCAACAUUGAUUGCUGUUGCGUUGGUGUUGUGCAAUUUCUCGCGAAGGAAAGGCAGAGCAGAGAUGCGGGUCGACCCUUGGUAACGUAGACGUACGUGGGGCGUAGGUCGCCGGUGGAUCUAGAAGAAGAGCGUUCAGGAGAUCGCUGGUCCAGUGAUGGAAAUAUUUAAUUUUCAAAAUGAGAUGUUUUCUUGAGCGUCACAAAUGGCUCACAGAAGCCAGAACCGUAGUGCGCAACAGGUCGAGAAGCGCCAUUCCCCAGAGGAGAGCAAGCAUCGCAUAAAUCAGCUGCAGAACGUGGCCAGCACAAGCAUGAAUCCAGACUUGUCCUUUCUGUAUGACCUGCUUCCAACCCAGAGCUUGCUGGCAUACCCACCCAACGCAACAGGGUCGAUAGCAUCGCUGUUGCUGUCCAGCUCGCCGACGCCGCUGCUCAGCAGCCCGACGACGGUGGCAGGAUCGUCGGCCUCAGCGACGGUGCAGACGACCACCUCCAUUACGCCGCCGCCCCCACCGCCAUUGCCGCUGCGGCCGGUCACCUCCCCGUCGUCCCAGGCGCCGGCCACAUCCUUUGCUGCCGCUCUGGAGGACGCUGGCGCGACCGCUGCAUCGGCAACGAGCCACACGUCGGGACGGUCACUGAAGCGCAAUGUGUUAUCAGAAGAGGUCUUGUCACAGGAGGAGGAAAGCUCUGCGCAGUGCUCACGUAUAUUUGAAUCGCAGGAAAGAUUCGAACAUGUUCUGGAAGCGCCAACGUCCAUGAUGACACCUCGAGGCGAAGACACCGUCACCUACCUCAACAAAGGUCAGUUCUAUGCCAUCCACUCGUCGUACAACCACGCCGACACCGACGGGGAGCUGCCAGCGCUGGUCAGGUCGGAAGUGUAUCUGGUGUUCCGUGAGGAGAAGGAUGCGCAGAGUGAGCUCGGCUACUGGGAUUAUUGGCACAGUCAGCAGGCCAACCCCAACCAGCGCGGCCUCGAGAUUGACCAGCGUUCGUUCCGCAACAUCCAGGAAGUGGAUACAAUCGCCAACAAUGCCUACUCGUUCAAGUGGAAUCCGGCAGAAACAGCAAGGGUGGUGGUCCGAGUGAACUGUCUCAGCACAGAGUUCUCUACACAGAAGGGUGUCAAGGGCAUUCCGCUGUUCUUGAUGAUGGACACGUACGAAGAUGUGAAUGCAUCCAUGGAGUCUGAGCCAGCCCACCGCUGCUACUGCAAAGUGAAGGUGUUCCGCGACAAGGGAGCCGAACGCAAGAACAAGGACGAGUCGAAGAGUGCCGACAGGCGCAUGGCGAAGAUCCUUAAACAGCAAUCCGCACGCAAGAGGCCGCGCGACGGCGCCACGGGCGCGACGUCCGUUCCGGCCGGCGACGACCAGGUGGUGUGGGUCACGCCGGGCACCAUACCGCCAGCACCGCCGCUACCGCCCAACAUGGUCAGCAGCAGCGAUGCCUGUGCCAGUGGCGGGGCCAGCGCCAGUAGUGGUGGCGCUCUCUGCAAGUCCAGUUCGGGCGACACCUGCUCCACCAAGUCCAGCUACUUUCAGGCGGCCAGCAAGGUGACGCACCUGACGCCGACGAGCACGCUGAGCCGUAAGCCUGUGGCGUUUGUCGCGCGCACGCCCGGUAUGCAGUCUCUGUUUGACAACAAGGCCGCUUCGGAGCUCCUCAUGUCUACCGUCCGUGCUGGAGAGGCCAAGCGAACUUUCAAGGAUGUCCUGCUCAAGGCAGCUGAUGGUCUCGACGACCUGGACAUGAGUGCAGCCAGUGCACCACCGCAGGUCAAGACGGCGCGCGUGGAAGACGAUCCUGGCGUGAAGCUCUCUCACCCGCUCACCAUCUACGUCCGCAAGUCGGAGGAGACCAUCUACAACGCGGUCAUGCUCUACUCUCUGACGGUGCAGGAAGUGGCCGAAAAUAUCAGUAAGCGUUAUCACAUCAACUCUGCCCUCAUCAAGGCCGUGUACAAGCACACGAAGAAAGGGAUUCUUGUGAAUAUGGAGAAUCGCAUGGUGGAGUGCUUUGAGAACGAGGACGACCUUGUUGUUCGCUUUGAGCAAGACAAAGCCGCCGGGGGAUACACGCUGUAUUUGAGUUACUGAAAGCUGCGCGGAGACGUGCCCUCCGCAGCGCACGCUACAAACACGUACACGCUCGCUCACGCACGCACUUACAAACACACACGCUUACACACAUACGCGCACACGUACACGCGCGCACUGCGUCGCGAAACGCAGUGUUGAUCUACGCUUGAGUCUGUUCUGCUGUGCUUGACCUCGGUAAGAUUUCUUUCAAUCUUGUCGUAGCUUUCAGUGGUGAGCUGGAAUGGUCCUUGUCUUGAAGUGCUGAUUUUGUCCUGUUCUGUUCGCUUAGGUAGUCAGUUUUAUUAUUCGCAACUAUGCUAGAAAUCACCACAUACAGCUAAUGGAGGUGUUCCACAACCCCAUGCUGUUUUUAGUCUUAUUUUUAAUAUUCCCCGCUUCUGGACGUUACCCUGAUGGUCCUGGUUCCAUUUUUUUUUGACAUUCCAGCAAAGAAAUCAGUCGACUGUACAUAGAUUGCUUUGACUUGGAUUCUCUCCUUAAAAAUCGCACUGGCAGCAAGCCAGUAUGCUGCCCCCAGUUCCAUUUUAGUCUGGGCAAUUGUGCUACAUUUGAGCCUGGUUGUGUUCAGGCCGACUGCUGAUCCGCAUGCGGAAUCCUUGCUUUGUAGUCCCGCGCCUAGCGCCUUGAUACCUGUGUGUGCGUGCGUUUUGAAAACUUUUGAUCAAUCGAUCUCCAGCUAAUCAUCCGCCUCCGCCCGCCCUGCUGUAUAUACGCGUACAUGCGCUGUCGCCUGUGUUUUCUUUUCGCUACUCUGGCUGCUGCCUGGCGUGCACGCAGCGAUAAUAACUUCUCUGCAAUGAUGCAUAGCUAUAGCCUAUAGGUGAGCUUUCUGCCCAGUGUGUUUAUUUUUUAAUUUUAUUCUUGAAGCACACCUAUUAUCUCUCAA